AUGAUUCAAACAGCCUUUAUUCUGCUAACUUUCCCAUUCAUCUUAUCUUCAGCCUUAGAGGUUCCGAAACUUUCAGAUCGAUUCUUUGCCCAAAAGUUCAGUGACAUCCUUCCUCCUCCUAAGCAAAAUGAGGUUAUUAUGAGACUGUCAGGAGAUCAAACCAUGCACGAACAGCUCAAAACUCUGCAAGACUUCACAAAGAAACUCGGAAACAAAGAGAUUAAACAGAAGUAUCAACAGGUCGUGAAAGAACUUAAAAAAAAAUUGGAUUUAUUGCAACGAAUGAAUGAAGAGAUGUUAACCACAUUCGAGAAUCAAGUUGAAGACAAAGAGGUUUCGGAAUUCUUGAAAGAAUCAUACGACCGUUUGGGCAGUUUGACACAAGCAAUACCAAGAACAGUAUUGAUGGCUUCGAGAGUGGUGGCUGAUAAACAGGGCAAAGAAAAAACGUUGGUGCAACUGCAAGGUUUGAUAUCUUGGGAGAAGGAGAAUGCUGAUGCCGUAGCAGAGCUUAACCAAUUCUUUUCUGAGAAUACUAAGGAAUGA